AUGCGCGAAGCGCACGGGGUUUGGCAGGCUUGGGUUGGAACUGAUGAUUGGCGCUCUGCUUACCCCGCAUUGAAAUCGUUCAUCAACACAGAGAAGGACGACAUGUGUGCUGAGGCGGUGCGCUGCCGCAAGAAUUUGGUCAUUCCUCAGACGGCCCUGAAGCUGCCCAAGGCACUGGCUGAAAUGGAAGACCUCAAGAGCCGCGGGUACACGAAUCACGUCCUGGCCGUGGCAGAAGCGAGAGCUUACCACCGGUAA